UGAGCAAGUUUUCUGCGCGAUUCAUGUGUGUGAUUCGCCGGGCAAAUUUUCCGUGCGAUUCAUGUGGCGAUUUGCACAGCCAGAUCAGCACGCUUCUCCGGCCAUUUAAGCUCCGCGCGGCGCGCGCGCGGAUAUAAAGCCAGCCACGGCGAGGGAGCUCGACGCAGCCUCCACGCCUCAGAACAGCCGGGCAGCGACCACCCAUCGGCCGACCGACCGAUCAGCCGAGCCCGGCCCGCCGGCCGUUCACCGCGGGCGAUGGACAAGCACGGCAGCUUCGGAGGGAGCUCGUCGUCCGAGGACGUGGAGGCGCCGCUGCUCCUGCCGCCGCCGCCGCCCGGGCGCGACGACGGGGCCAACAGGAAGGACCGGCCGGCGGCGUGGGUGCGCGCGGUGCUCGCGCACACUUACCCGGCCGUGGCGUCGGGCCCCGCGGCGUGCGCGGCCGUGUGCGCGCUCGUCGACCUCGGCCCGGCCCACCGCGGGGCGCGCAACAUGCUCGCCGUGCUCGCGUGGGUGUUCCUCUGGUGGGUCACCGGCGCCGUGCCGCUGGCCGUCGCCUCCAUGGCGCCGCUCUUCCUCUUCCCGCUCUUCGGCGUCGCCGGCGCCGACGCCGUCGCCAAGUCUUACAUGGACGACGUCAUCUCGCUCAUCAUCGGCAGCUUCAUCCUCGCCCUCGCCAUCGAGCACUACCAAAUCCACCGUCGCCUCGCCCUCAACAUCACGGCGCUGUUCUGCGGGGACCCGGUGCGGCCGCCGCUGCUGCUGCUGGGGAUCACCGGCACCACCUUCUUCGUCAGCAUGUGGAUCCACAACACGGCGUGCACGGUCAUGAUGAUGCCGGUGGCGACGGGGAUCCUGCAGAGGCUGCCGCGGGGCGGCGCCGGGGCGCCCGGGUGCCAGGAGGAGGAGGAGGAGGAGGUGCGGCGGUUCUCCAAGGCGGUGGUGCUCGGCGUGGUGUACGCGUCGGCGAUCGGGGGGAUGGCGACGCUGACGGGCACCGGCGUCAACAUCAUCCUGGUCGGGAUGUGGUCCACAUACUUCCCGGACCAGGAGCCCAUCACCUUCAGUUCAUGGAUGUCCUUCGGGCUGCCCAUGGCGCUCAUCAUCUUCGUGGCGCUCUGGGUCACCCUCUGCUUCAUGUACUGCUCCAAGAACACCGGCAAGGCACUCUCUGCUUACCUGGACAGAAGCCAUCUGAGAAGAGAGCUCAGCUUGUUAGGUCCAAUGGCUUUUGCAGAGAAGAUGGUUUUGGCUGUGUUUGGGGGUCUAAUUGUGCUAUGGAUGACCAAGAGCCUGACAGAUGACAUACCUGGGUGGGGAGCUCUCUUCCACAACAACGUUGGAGACGGAACAGUCACCAUCAUGAUGGCUACACUGCUCUUCGUAAUCCCAAGUGGAAAGAACAAGGGCGAGAAGCUGAUGGACUGGAACAAGUGCAGGAAGCUCCAGUGGGACAUAAUCCUCCUCCUCGGCGCAGGCUUCGCCAUUGCUGACGGCUUCAGCUCAAGUGGCCUGACUGAUAUCCUCUCUGACGGGCUCAGGUUCCUGAAGGACGCGCAGACGGUGGUCAUCGUUCCUGUGGCCUGCGUUGUUGCUGCUGUCAUCACAGAGUUCACGUCUGAUGAUGCAACCACGACGCUGGUGUUGCCUCUGUUCGCGGAGUUGGCGAAGUCUAUCAAUGUGCACCCGGUGUUGCUUAUGAUUUCUGGAGCAGUUGGGGCUCAGCUAUCAUACUUGUUGCCUACUGGAUCACCGUCAAACGUCGUUGGGUUCAGUACUGGCCACAUUACCAUCAAGGAUCUUGUAACUACCGGGCUACCCCUGAAGAUUGUCGGAAUCGCAUCUCUGACAAUCUUGCUGCCAAGUUUAGGAUCACAGAUUUUUGGCACAAACAGCAGGUCCUAGGAGCACGAAUGCAAAUUUUGGGUUGUUCAUCUCUCCUGGUCCAGUAGUCUAUUUGUACAGUAGUUUCCUUAUGUCACAUUUGUCUCCUAGUUGAGGCUAUGGGGUAAUAUUCUCUGAUUUGUAUAAGAGUAAGUUAUACUCCCUCCAUUUCAAAUUGUAGGUCGUUUUGGCUUUUGUAGGUUCGUAGAUGUCGCUAUGCACUUAGAUAUAUACUAGGUUUAGAUUCGUAACAAAAUUUAUGAACCUAAUAAUGUCAAAACGACCUGCAUUUUGGAACGGAGGGAGUAAGUAUUAAGAUUUGUAUGCAGCCACUGUGUGAAUAUAGUUGAAAUGCGCCGAUUUGAUCA